UUGGCAAUCUGGAUAUUUUUCUAUCCUUCAAAAAAAAAAAAAUGUGGGUAUUUUUUGGAAUCUGGGUACCUUUAAUCACUGCUUUUGAGUCGUAAAAGCAUCUCCUUUUUGGUUUCUUCCUUUAAAAAUAAAAAAUAAAAAAUUCUUUUGGUUAGUUUUUUAGGAUUUUUUUUUUCUUUUUCUUAUGUAGUUUGAUCUCUGCUCUUUCAUGGUAAAGGUGACUCCUUUCUUGGAUUAUUUUUAUUUUUCUCUCUCUUUUGGGGAAUUUUUUAAUUUCUUUCCUCUUUUUAUUAAUGUUGUUUGGGUUAGCUUUUCGGUGCAGCUUCAUUACUGUUUUGAUUGAUAAAGGUACUAUAUCAUGAUACUUAUAGCCCUUUUUUUUGACACAUUCACCCCUUCUGUAAAUAAUCUAAUCCAAGGAGUAGGCAGUCACAAAGGGAGAAAAGGGUGUGUAUAAACAAAUAUAGGGUGGAAAAUAUCAGCUACCUUCUUUCUUCUAUCCUAUGUUAGGAUGGUUGUUGAAUUUUCACUUUCUUUCAUUUGUUUUUGAUGGUUGUUUUCUUUCUCAUUGCAGUUUCAUCACUGUUUUGCUUGAUACAGGCUUUCGGGUGAAGAAGAGACUGCAUUAAGGAUUUUGGGCCUCGAUUCGUUUAGUUUGUUUCUUGUGAUUUUUUGAGGAUGGGGGAUCAUUUCGUGUUGUUGGUCGAUCGGUUGCUCACUGAAUCCACACUGGAAGCUGCAAUCCAGAGCAGAAAACAGGGUCAAAAUGGGCACGCUUCAGCAUCAGAGGUAGAAACCGAGAAUGAGCUCUCUUUGCAGAAGAGGGAUUUUGGUGAUGGGCUGCGGAAAAUGGUGGAGUGUCGGAUUUGCCACGAUGAGGAUGAUGAUUCCAAUAUGGAGACGCCGUGUUCUUGCUGUGGCAGCUUGAAGUAUGCUCACCGCAAAUGCAUCCAAAGGUGGUGUAAUGAGAAGGGUGAUACCGUGUGCGAGAUAUGCCAGCAGCAAUUCAGGCCUGGCUACACAGCACCGCCUCAGUUAUUUCAUUAUGGCGGCAAUCCCAUGAAUUUCAGGGGAAACUGGGGGAUUUCUAGACAGGACCUGCAUGAUCCUCGAUUCAUGGCAAUGGUUGCGACCGACCGAGAUUUCUUGGAUGUUGACUAUGAUGAUUAUUCAUCUCCUAGUGCGAGAAGCAUGAUUUGUUGCCGUGCCAUUGCUGUUAUUGUGAGUGCAUUUCAACUUUUCCGAUUCUCCAUGAUAAAGUUACUCUCUCACUGUUUCUCCUUCUUUUCUUGGGGGUGUGUGUGUGCACGUGUGCAGUUUAUGGUUCUUUUGGUUCUCCGUCAUGCGCUUCCGAUCAUAAUCAGUGGAGAUGAGAACUAUUCAUUCACGUUAUUCAUCUUGUUGUUGUUGAGGACAGCGGGAAUCCUUCUCCCGGUUUAUAUAAUGGCGCAAGCACUAUUAGCAAUUCAACGUCGACGGCAGCAACAGGUGCCUCAUGAACUUCCACUCACGACAUCUGACGAUGAAGAAAAUGAGCAAUUGCAGCCUCAACUGCAUCUCAUACAUGUGCACUAACUGUACAAGCCUGAAAACAAUAAGCCAUGCUUGGUGCAAUGAGUGUUGGUGGUCUUGACGGAUGCCAUAACCAUGUGAAACGUCCCUUGGAUAUGGAUGGAAGAAGAUGGGAGGUGAGAAGUUCUUGCCACAACAUUGCCGAAUUGGAUUGGAUUGGAAGGGGGAAAAAGUGUCAUCUUUGGAUUAUUGGGCCAUCUUUCAUCGAUGAACGACCUCCAUGAUCUCACCAUCUUAAAAGUAUUUUUCAGGUUCGCAUUGUUGUAUGUAAAUGUGCUAUGGAGAAAAUGGGCAUCCAGAUGCCCAUUUCUUCUCACACAAAGAUAAAGAAAUUCUGUAUAUAUUUGUUAAAAGAAUCAAAGGCAUGUGAAAUUUCAUCAGA